UCAAAGACCAUCGAUACAGUUUUACCCGAACCCGAUUCAACAUAUCUAGUUGAGGGGAAAAAUGCUUCUCGAGAACGGUACUUUCUCAAGCGACGGAGAGUGUAAACUCUAAACUGAACUCCAAUGAAGUUUCACUGCCGCUCUCGCCGUUUUAUGAAACCUUUUUCAAGCCUCACACCAAGGCAAAGAACAAAUCAUCCUUCUUCUUCUUCUAAUUGGAGAACUCAAAUCAAACAAACCCAGCUGGUUUCCCAAGUCUCAUCCAUUCUCUUACAAAGACAUAACUGGCCACCCCUUCUUCAAACUCUCAACCUCUCCUCCAAACUAACCCCAUCUCUCUUCCUCCAAAUUCUCCGCAAAACCCAACAUCAACCCCAUCUCUCUCUCUCUUUCUUCAACUGGGUCCAAACCCAUCUGGGUUUUGAACCUGACCUCCUCUCCCACUGCCAUAUUAUCCGAAUUUCACUGGGCUCGGAUGUUUCCCCAUCCCUAGACCCCCUUUUACACUUCCUGAUUCAGUCGCAUCCUCCACCACUAGUUGCAGAUUCUAUGGUUCAAGCUUGCAGAGAGAGGAAAUGAGGUGAAACUAGCUUGGUGUUUUUUAGGUGCAAUGAUUCGAGAUGUCGACCCUGAUUCAUUUUCUUGGUCAUUGGUUGCUCAAAUUCUUUGCAAAAAUGGGAAUUUUGACAAAGUGGUUAAAUUGCUGGAGAAGGGCAUUUAUAAUACUAAAAUUUAUGAUCUUCUUGUUGAUUUUUAUAGCAAAAAUGGGGAUCUUGAAGCUGCAUUUCAUCGAUUAAAUGAGAUGAAUAAUAGAAAGCUUGAUGCUAGUUUUUCUACCUAUAGCUCAGUACUUGAUGGGGCUUGUAAAUAUAAUGAUAGUGAAGUGAUGGAGAGGAUAACGAGGAUAAUGAUAGAGAAGCAAUUGCUUCCGAGAUGCCAAUUUUCCGGAAAUGAUUCGAUCAUCCAAAAGCUUUGUGAUUUGAGGAAGACACAUGCAGCUGAAAUGAUGUUUAAGAAGGCUUGUGGUAAGAACAUUAGAUUACAAGAUGAAACUUAUGGAUCUUUGUUAAAGGCCAUGUCUCAGGUCGGAAGGAUAGAUGAAGCGAUAAACAUGUAUCAAACGAUGUUGAAAAGGGGAAUUAAGGUAAAAGACAGUUGCUAUUGUGCAUUUGCAAAUGUCCUUUGUAAGGAAGAUCAAUCUGGUGAUGGAUAUGGAUUGUUGGUGAAUAUCAUGAAACAAGGACAUCAUCCUUGUCCUUCCCAAUUGUCCAAAUACAUAGCAUCACUGUGUAGGAGGAAGAAAUGGAAAAAAGCUGAAGAACUCUUGAAUCUAAUGCUAAAGAAAGGGUUAUUGCCUGAUUCAGUUCCUUGUUGUUUGCUGAUGGAGUACUAUUGCUUUAAUAGGGAGAUGGACAAAGUUGUUGCAUUGCAUUAUGAGAUGGUGAAAGUGGAGGGAAGUUUAGAUGUAACGACAUACAACACGAUUCUUGAAGGGCUGUGGAGGGAAAAGAAAGCAGAAGAAGCAGUCGGGGUGUUUGAUUAUAUGACAGGGUUGAACUUGGUUAAUAGUGCAAGUUUUACGAUCAUGAUCUGUGAGCUCUGCCGCAUGAAGGAAAUGAGAAAAGCUAUGAAAAUUCAUGAUGAAAUGUUGAAGAUGGGAUUUAAACCUGACAAGGGUACAUACAAGCGAUUGAUUUCUGGAUUUAAGUAAUAGAUAUAGGUAGUGCAUAUAUCACAUUCACAUGGCCAUUUGAUUAUUAGGUUAUGUAGAGCAUUCAAGUUUGGGUCUCGAAAACUUACUCCUCCAUUUAGAUAGAUAUAUAUUUUUUGUGAUUAAAGUAUCUUUCAUCUCCAUUUAGAUUCAUGAAGACUAUCUAACAA